CGUUCGACCGGCAUCAGUUGAAUUCAAACCGUCAAAACGUAAAAGCGUUUAGCCAGCAAAAGCUUUUUCUCAGAGAAUUUUCUACCGCAAAGAACCGUUAAAGCAAGAACAAGAUGGCAAACCUACCGUUACUAUUGAGCCUCGCCGACGACCUGGGUCGCAUGUCCAUGGUACCCUACUACGAGCCCUACUACUGUCAGCGUCGCCGGGGCAAUCCCUACCUGUCGCUUGCUGGCCCUAUGGAGCAACAGCUGCGCCAGCUGGAGAAGCAAAUAGGAGCAGGAGUAACCUCGGGAGCCGUGCCCAAAGUGGGCAAGGACGGGUUCCAGGUUUCCAUGGACGUGGGCCAUUUCAAACCCAGCGAGCUGAGCGUCAAGGUGCAGGAAAGCUCUGUCCUGGUGGAGGGCAAGCACGAGGAACGCGAGGACGAUCACGGCUACAUUACACGCCACUUUAUCAGGCGCUAUGCUCUGCCCGAAGGAUACGACGCGGAGAAGGUGGCCUCCACCCUGUCUUCGGACGGCGUGCUCACCGUGAGCAUUCCCAAGCCACCGGCCAUCGAAGACAAGGGGGCCGAGCGGAUUGUCCAGAUCCAGCAGGUGGGACCCGCCCACCUCAACAUCAAGCAGAACGAGCAGCUGGAGCAGAACAACGGCAAUGAAAAAUAAGUGGAGCCGCUCAAACCAUUCUAGAUUUUUUCAUAUUCAAAGACCAUAAUCUGUUUUAUACGCUCUAGUUAUCCCUGGACACUCGCACUAGUUAUAAGGAGUGUCCUGUAGUAAUCGUAAUUUUAAACAAAAUGACUGUAAUUUGCGUUGGCUUUCCAAGACUACCAAAUAUAUUAAUAAACCCUUAAAAUAUA